ACAAGGUGAGCUUCAGAACCAGACAGGCCGAGCAACGCUGCAUGCAGAGUCAAAGAUCCAGAGCCAACACCCAUCACGAGCGCUAGUUCAUGUCCGCUCCCGGCCCCUACACCGUGUACUGUGACGCCCUGCUCAUCCCGUGCGACCUCGCUCGCUAGGUGGCUCUUUGUCCGCGUUCCCCCUUGCUCGGCUUUGCAUUGCAUCAUCCACCUCGCAAUAGCACCUCGCAAGAGCCCGAUCCUCGCUGCGGCUCCCAGCACGUCCUUGGCCAACCCGCCAUUGUGCUCCAUCAUCCCGGGAUAAUGAAAACAGCCUAGCCCCAAGAGGAAUCCUGAUCUCCCAACGCCUCGUCACAAUGAGUCUGUCACUCAAGCACAUCCCGUGCCCAGCGGGCAACAAUUGCACCGCUUUCCACUGCAUCUUCGGCCAUGAAAGUGAUCAAGCUCCUGUUGAAAUCAUACCCGGCUUUGGGGACGCAGGUAGCCGAAACCAAGACGCAGAGGUCACCUCAUCAAACCAAGACGUGCCACGAAAACGCGUCAAGGCAGAUGUCGGCUCAGCCUCAUCUUCGUCCGAAGGUUCAAGGAAGCCAGUCAGAGGUAUAAUCGCCGAUGUGGCCGGGACAAAGAGAGCCGCCCCGAGUAAUAUUGAAUCCAUCACUCGUCCAGUUUCUCCUCCGCCUUUGAAGCGAAAGGCGCCAUCCCUAGAAAAGCGAAGAACGGACUCACCCGCCGUCUCGUCUGUUCCAAGCUCAAAGCACCUUUCAUCCAGCAGCCAAUCACUCUCUACACCCGCCCGCAAGCCCUCGCAAACCAAACCAAAGAAAGCUGAAUCACUCAAUCCUCGGCUUAUUAAAAGCUCUCCCGCUAGUCAUGAGAUCCGUCUCAGAUUGCUCAAGAUGCUUUAUUCAGAGUUCUCCCGUCUCAAUAAAGACCUGAAGAAAGACCCAAAAGACGAUUCUAAGAUUCUCAUCAUGAAUGAACAGGAUCUCAUUAUUCGAGCCCUGGAUGAAGAGCAGCACACCGCCGUCCAUAAAUCAGCAGUCUACGCAAAUGUUAUGAAGAACAAGGUGAUGCAAUACAAGCGGAUGAAAGUCGACCAGUGGAAAACGGAACGCGAAGAAGAAAGGCAGAAAGUCAUGCAGAAACAAAAAUCCCCCAACGGCUCAUCCGAGCCACCCAAGAAGAUUGAGACCGGACUCACACCGGCCCAGGAGCUUCAACUCACCAAGCGGAUUCUGACACCCGUCGACAAGUUGUCUGAGUUUGGAUAUGUCCCAGUCGUACCAUCAGAUGAAUCCAUCGAAAAAGCACGACAGGGCGUUGACACAUCCAAGGGAUGGGAGAAGUGCGACCGCUGCCAGCAACGCUUCCAGGUCUUCCCCGGACGCCGUGAAGAAGAUGGUGCCCUUACGACUGGGGGAUCAUGCACCUUUCACUGGGGCAAGACGUUCAUCGCCGCCAAAGCACCGGGUGAUCGAUCCCAUCAGCCCAAGCGGUACCAGUGCUGUGGCCAGGAUGUCGGAGACUCCGUCGGCUGUUUUACUAUUGACCAUCAUGUCUACAAAACGACAGACCCUAAGAGACUGGCGUCUACUCUUAACUUUGCUGCGACCCCAGAAAACCCUCUUGCUCCUACUGACCGAGCCGUGGCCUUUGACUGUGAGAUGGGGUACACCGUUCAUGGGAUCGAGCUUGUUCGACUCACGGCAACAUCCUGGCCGUCCGGAGAAGAGUUGCUGGAUGUCCUGGUGAGGCCACUGGGAGAAAUCCUCGACCUCAACUCACGGUACUCGGGUGUUUGGCCAGAGGACAUGGCCCAAGCAAAGCCUUGGUCUGCAGACGACCACUCAAAGCCCACUAAGAGCGGUGAAGAGUAUGGCAGUGAAGACGGCGAGCUCAAACCUAAGAAGAAGACGCUUAAGAUUGUCUCAUCGCCCGAAGUCGCCCGGGAUCUACUCUUUUCUCUCAUUUCACCCAGCACCCCGCUGAUCGGCCAUGGCCUGGAAAACGACCUCAACGCCGUGCGCAUCGUUCAUCCGACUCUCAUCGACACCGUCUUGCUCUACCCGCACAAGGGCGGUCUACCCUUUCGGUACGGACUCAAAAUGCUGAUGGAUGUUCACCUUAACCGAAAGAUCCAGCAGGAGACCGGGCCAAAGAUGCUGGGACACGACUCGGCCGAAGACGCCAGGGCGGCAGGUGACUUGGUAAGGUUGAAGAUUAAGAACCUCUGGAUGGACUUGCAGAGAAACGGAUGGAGGCUGGUCAAUGGAGAAGUCAUCGCCCCGGGGCAGAGCGUCGAGGGAAAGGUGACUCUCACGGAGGAAUUUAUUGAGAAUUAACACCACUACAAAGACCACCAUCGAAGGUUUCUAAGAAACAAAGCCACUGGAUUAAGGGCAUCUUGCUCGCUAUUCAUUACUUUGGGGCCAGAUGGCAACUCUGAGGUUAUUAUUACACAAAAGAUAGAGAUGGAUGGCGAAGCAAUUGAUUGUAAUUGAAUAAUCCGGUUUUAAAUUGAAU